GGUAAUAUGGCCCCUUUGUCGAUUGAUGGCGCUUUAUCCGCCCUUGCCGAUGCGUCAAGGGCAAUUCAACGCCGCAAGGGUGUCACAGACUACCAAGAAAAGCGGAUCAAAGAAGCCGUCGACUUACUGCGGAGUGGCAAGCCUUCAGAUACCAAAGGAGCAAAGCGACGCACCACUUAUCUCACCUUUCUAGAGCGAGUUAUGGAAGAAAACGGUCCUCCUAUGGUUAUUCUCUGUGUGGUUGGUCUCGGAUUAUCUGUGAUCGCCAUCGCGAAGGAGGAUGUCUUGCUUGAUUUACCAUACGUGAUCAAAGAUAGACCUGGGCUUCGCCACGUUGUGCUGGAUCGGCUUGCAGAUCAAUAUCUCGACUUCUAUUCCUCACGGGUGGAACAGUCCCAUACACCAAUUAUAACUGGAUCUCAACCAUCGAACAUAUGCUCUCCUAUGAAUCAACAGAAUCCCUCGGAGACGCAUGCAGCUGAACGUGCAGCCGUUCAACCGACUCACCACGAGCAAUUUUCAAUCCCGCCAGCUAGAAGAGUUGAUUUUAGGUGUUCGGCCGCACGAGUCAGCGAAAUACCGCAAAUAGGCAGUCUUCUGUUUGGAGCAAUUCAAAACAGUAACCAGUGGAUCUGGGAGCGGACCGUAGGAGGAAACGAGAGAGAAACAACAGACUGCCUGAAUGUCCUAGUCCCUGAAGACCGAAACCAAGACAUCUCAAUCACAUUGGUUGUGGGUCAUGAAAAAGGUCUGGAAUUGAUUGAGAAGCUUAAACUGGCAUCUAUAUCACGCGUACUUUGAAGCCAGCAGGGACAUCACUUGUCCCAUUUUCUGCGACUUUGUUGUGUUGCCAGUACGGGGGGGAGUCCAUAUCUGCCUUCGGAUCAUAUAUAAUAAUGGAUUUGCCCCUUCCGGUGAUGGUCCUUUGAACGCUCACGGCUUCGAAGAGCUUCACAUCGAUGUACUCUUCGGCCCCAGCCAGUGCUUGAGAUCCAACCUAUAUCGUGUUAAUCGGUAGUUCAAAAUAGUGACAAGGGAAUGGUGCCGGUAUACCUCCUUUGUCAUAGCUGAAAGUGAACAUGCAUCUGCAGCAUGCGGUGUCGAGGUUACGCGCUGAGAAGUGCACUGUAGUAGUUCGGGAGCGCAAGGAGGUGGCUUGUCGACCAAGCUCGCGCAAUGUCGCCGUGGAGCAGGACUAAUGUGGGUUAAUUUGAUUGAUAAAAUGAAAGGAAUUAGGAUAAAUACCUCUUGGUUAUUCAGAAUAGAAAUUCAAAACUUCGAGAGCUCCGAC